AUGUGCUCUCUAAAGCGAAUCUUACCUUUUAUCUCCCUGUCCAUUGCCACGCUCCAAACCACUCCGUUGAGGGAUGUCAGUCUUAACUACCAACCUCGUCCUUACAAUGUCAGCAUUGACCUAUUCGUGAUUGAAUCGCCCCGUAAGAAAGCUAGUAUCUUCCGUUCUACCGUUAAUACCUCAGCCCUAGCAUGGUUCGACAGUCUUCUAGCUACAGACACAAAGUUAAUCACCUCCAUUAACACGAACUUCUCAAACUUCUAUAUUACUGUUCCGCCCCCUAAUAGACCUUACAAUGAUUCACGGCCUGAUGUAAUUCCUAUCCUUCUCCUCCACGGCUGGCCAUCGACCGCUCUUAAAUGGGUAUCUACAAUACCUAGCCUUGUUUCUCCAGAUAAUAACAGCGAACCUGCAUUCCACAUUAUCGCGCCCGAUAUCCCUGACUUUGGCUUCUCCUCUGUAUUGAACAAUUUUCGCGUCGGCCUCGGCUACAAGAGAUAUGCUGUGUAUAGUACUGAUCUGGGAACUACAAUUGCUAUGGGCCUUGUGGUUAAUCCUGCUGAGAGUGUUAUGCAGUAUGUAACAGAUUUCUAUAUCACUUUUCCUGGCCCUAGUGACUAG